AGUUCAGUGUAAGUUACAUAUUAAUUAUGACAUUAGAUAAAGUUUUUUUUUUCUAUGCAUGUUUUCGUAAAAUUAUUCUCGUCAUCAAAUGUAGCAAAAUGCUGAGGAAAUUACGAAAGAUUAGUUCGAAUUCGAUGAUCAUACAUCGUAUCACUCAUUUUCUCAUGAAUUUUUGAGAUACAACGAAUCAAGUAGUAGCGAAGCAGAAGAUGACGAUGGUGACAAUAUGGAUGACGAACAAUUGAAAACAUUUAAAACAAGUUUUGAUGGAUUAAAUAUCAAAGACAGUGUACCAGCUGAUCAAGAUAAAUCAUAUUUCAAGAUUCAAAUCAAUGAUAUGAAUAAGUUCUUACAUAAGUCCACGGCUUGUUAUCUUCUUACAAGAGACAAUAAUAGCUUAUCUACUAAUAGAUUAUCACGAGUUAUUCAAACAUCAAAAAAAUGAUGAAUUGUUUCCUUUUCUUUGCGUAAACUUUUUCUUGAAAUUAGAAAUAUAUGUACUUGUUGAUAGUUCGUGUUACUUCUUCUUAAAAUCCUUAAAUUGAAAAACAAUACAAAAGAGUUAAGGCAAAAGCUUCGGGUACUUUAAGAUAGGUAACGAAAUCUAAUGGCAACAUAGUCUAUUAAAUGGCUUAAAACAGUUUCGUUUUCCGUAUACAACGCAAGUAAAGAAGCAUAGGGACAUUAAAUAAUAUAUGAUUUUUAUUCAUUUUUCUAAUCAACUCUAAUCACUCCUAAUCACUCCUAAUCGUUCCUAAUCACUCCUAAUCACUCCUAAUCAUUACUAAUCACUCCUAAUCAAUAAUAAUCACUGCUAAUCACUUAAAAUCAUAUCUAAUCAAAUAAUCAGCUGUUUCCCCCUUGAGCAUAAGACACAAAACAUAUUCAAGAUCUAUUUCAGUUUAUCUAAAGCCCAUCGAGUUAAUUAUACUGUGAGAAACUAAACAUGAGACUUAAAAGAUUAUAAUUUGCUCAAAAUUCGUCCUAAGAUCUUGAAAAUGAACAAAGAGUUUAUAAAAUAUAUUUCACUUGAUUGAGAAUUUUUCUUAGAGAAACAUCUCGUUCAAUACCAGCAUUAUGUCACUCUUGUUAUUUAUUAGUACGUAAAAUGAGUAAUGUCAAUCGGAAGUGAUUUCAGUCUAUUAUAGUCUAUAUGUAAUGAGAUACUACAAGCGAGAGAUUAUUCGUUGUAUCAGAUAUUUUGCAAUAUAUUUGCCACAUUAUAUCUUUUUUCUGAUGUAAUAAUUAAAAUACUUUUUCAAUUGUAUUAUCUCAUCCAUUUGAAUAUUCUAUUUUCACCUAACAUCUCAUAUAAGUGUCUUUUAUUUGUAUGCAAAGAUGAAGUUUACCGGAAAUUGUUAAUUUGUAUUAAUCUAUAUUUUCCCGUCGAUCGCAGACUUAAAGCUUUAUUGCAUUGUUAAAACAACGUAUCGAUUCCGACGAUGAAAUUCUUCGUGAACAUACUAAACGUGGACUGGAGAACGUGUUUUGCCCAUCAAUAAAAACUUUGCUCAUUUUUCUCAUCAUUUUUUUCUGACGCAAGCGACAUUUGCUCAUUGGUCUAAAAAUCCUGGCUACGUCAGUGCACACCCACACUCACACCCUGCACACUCUCCUAUUCAAUCUAUGUGAGUUUUUGUAUGUUUAUUCAUUUGUGAUGCAUUAAUGGUUAUGCACGUGGAAAGCAUGAUGCAGGAAAAAGAAGAAGCAGCUCAAAGUAUAAGUUUUGAUCAUGAAAAGAAAAAUUUUUUUUGUCCUUCCUUUCGCAUCGUCGAAGACGUUUGUUUGAGUAUUAUUGAUGCUGAUAUAUGUUAUGUUUCUCUAUAGAAACAAGAAGACACGUUUAUAAAUAAAUGUUGACAACCAACGAAUUGUAUUGAUUCACAAUGUUAGUAAGUUGUUUAAAUAGUUAUUUAGUUCAGCUAAGUAUAAAAUUUAUGAAUGUAUCGACUAGCUUUCGUUGUCUACAGGAGAAGCGAUUUUUAAAAAAAGAGGACCGAUUUUUUUCUAUAUACGAGAAUCUGUCUUGCACAAUAAGGUUUGUUUCUUCUAAGUCAAGAGCAUAUUAUUCAUCAUUAUGAUGCCUUUUAGCUUUGGAUUUAAUCAUAUCAAUAUGUCAUUCGUACGCGAAUCAUACUUCUCGGAACAACUAGAUCCUAAAGAACAUGAAAAUCUUGAAGAUCUUACAAUUGUUUGGUUUGAUAAGACCGUUAAUCAAUCGGAUGAUUGUAUUCAAUUUCAAUCACGCUUACGCCAUAUAAUUAAUUAUCUUGUAGUUUUUGAUGAUUCCACUGAAUGUGAAAAUUAUCUAUUACCAGUAGAGCAAGAAAAAUUUUUCUCAUUGUAUCUGGAACUAACGGUGAAUCAUUGAUCAGUAAAAUUCAUCAUUUAUCGAAAAUUAAUUCUAUUUAUGUAUUUUGUUUUGAAGCAAGUCGUCAUGAAGAAUGGACAAAAAAUUAUGAUAAAAUUCGUGGUAUAUAUGACAAUAAGGAUGAAUUGUUAAGAAUACUGACAGAAAAUGCACGCGUAUGUUUAUUAGAAAUAUUGCCAAUGAGAGCAUUAGGAAUAAAAGCAAUGCAAAACAUCAUUAAAGAACUUAAUGAAGGGGGAUUAUUUAUUUGGUCACAUUUUUUAAUUUAUAUCUUAUGUAAUAUGCAGCAUGACGAUAGUGCUAAGAAAGAUUUAUUAGAUAUGUCCCGACAACAAUACAUUGGUAAUAAUGAAGAAUUAUCAAAAAUUGCUGAUUUUGAAGCGAAUUAUACUGCUGAUAAAGCGAUUUGGUGGUAUACAAAAGAUUCAUUUCUUUAUCGACUAAUAAACAGAGCUUUGCGAACUGAAAAUUUCGAUGUUAUCUACAAAUUUCGUUCAUUUAUUACUGAUCUGCAUCAACAACUCAAAAGAAUGCAUCCGGCAUAUGUUGAUAGAAUAUUUUCAUCUGAAGAUUCGUAA